UUACUAUAGGAAAAUGAUUACGAGAUAGGUGUGUGUGUUUGUGUUUGAGAUGGAGCCUUGCUCUGUUGCCCAGGCUGGAGUGCAAUGGUGCAACCUCAGCUCACUGCAACCUCUGCCUCCCGGGUUGAGGCGAGUCUUCCGCCUCAGCUUCCACAGUAGCUGGGAUUACAGGCACACACCGUCAUGCCCAGUUAAUUUUGUAUUUUUGUAGAAACGAGUUUUGUCAUGUUGGCCACGACGGGGAAAGGGAGGAGGUUAUAAAGUGGUUUAUUCACAAGGGCAAAGGGAAGGACAAGGAACUUGAGAAAAUUGUAACUUAGUCCAUGUAGGGGUUCUGACCCAUCACCCUUCUUCUGCACGUAUUUUCAGCCUUAUCCAGCACAGACUGCUGGGCAUAUCACUAUAUUUGCUAUCAAUUGUUUUGCUAGUUGCUUAGUCCCAAAUAAUUCUUUUCUGUCAUCCCACAUCUAGUUAUUUUAUUCAACAAAUAGAUUGAAUGCCUAUUAUAUAUCAGGCACUCUUCUAAAGCACUGGGGAAAGAUACAGCAUGGAUCAAAACAAAUUCCUGUUCUGGAGUCUACAAUUUAGUUUGGAGAUAGAGAAGCAAAAUUAAAUAUACAUGGUGAUAAGUGCUAUAGAGAAAAGCAAGUAGGCUUAGAAUGGAGAGAGAUGCCCCACUGGCAUGUAAGCUCGAGGAGGACAAGGACCUGACCUGCUCAUUAAACCAUUUUCCGUACUUAGAAUGGUGUCUGCCGCGUAGUAGAUACCCAUUAUUGGUUGAAUGAGUAAAUGAUGUUGGCCAUAGACAAAUUCGUUCCAAACUUAUGUCAGUAGCAGGCACACAUCUUAAAUUGUUAUGUCACUCCGGUGCACUUCUUGCUGAAAUUCAGAAGAGGAAGCUAUUUGGUAUGAAGCCAAUAACGUCAACUCAGAAAUGGAAAUUGGGUUAUCACCUGCUUCGAGUCUCAGCCCGAAGUUUUCAGGAAACAGCGAGCUUCGCUGUGACAUGUCACUAGAAGCCUUGCCUACUAAGUACAUGUCCAUCCUCGGCUAAGUCAGGAGGGUGUCCGGCCCAUAUGCGGUAGCCUGGAUACGUAGGUGUAUUUAGUGAACGAACGAACGAAUCCUAGCCACUGCAAAGCUGCAAAACCCUCGGGGAUAGUGCUUGGCUUCUAUUAGUCUCACUGGUAUUUUAAUAUUAGCUGAACAAAUGAAAUGACCAAAAAAUAAAUCGUGACUUUGUGUCAGGCGAACUUGGGAAGGCGGGUGCGCUUUGGGUCCAGCGGUAUGGGUAACAUACUCUCUGCAAAAAGUUAAGUAGGGUACGAACUCUGGAUUCCAAGUCCAGCUCACCGGUUUGUACCUAAAACCUUGCCCUGCGCCUGCGCCACCGUCCUAGCGCGACCUGCCCAGCCCGCUAGCUCCUCUUGGCUGUCUCGCGGAAGACCCGCCUCUUGAGAAGGAGAAACAGUCGCUUCCCGAAUUGCCUGACGUCAUGGGAUGACCAAUCAGAAGCAGCAAUCUUCAGUCUCGCCCAAUGAGACCGGGCAUAGGUCCUGGCCCGCGGAGUUUGAUUUCGUCCUGUGAUGCGGAAGUAGCUGUCCAGUCCUAGGGACUAGCAGGUGGGUUGGUUGGGCCCGGUAGGAGGUGGGCGCGCUUCCCGUGGCGUUACCCUGGCUGAGCUUGAAGCUCCAGGGCUGGGCACUGGGUCGACCUCAUAUUCCUUGGUGAGGGCAUUGUUACAGCUUGUGGCCUGCAAACCGAGGCGCGCGGGUGGGAACUGGUUCGAGGUCUGGGUAGAUGUCUGAGCGAUCUGGACCAGGAGCGGCUGAGUCGAAUUCGAUUGAGGAUUCCUAAAGCCCUCCGCUUGAUGUUCCGGUGAUUCCUAGGAGGCUCGGCUCCCGAAGAAGGCACCAAGAAACUGAUAAUGUUUCUUUGAAUUGCUUCUGUAUUUGCUUCAUCAAUGUCUCUCAUACUGAAUAUCUUAAGAGAGAUGCUGGAAUAUUUUGGCGUUCCUGUAGACCAGGUUUUGCUGAUUUGGGAAAAUAAAGACUAUGGAUCAACUAGGAGUAUUGUUCGGAUUAUUGGGAAAAUGCUUCCAUUAGAACCUUGUCGAAGACCUAAUUUUGAAUUGAUCCCGCUCUUGAACUCUGUAGACUCUGAUAAUGGUGGAUCUAUGGUUCCAUCUUUUGCUGACAUUUUGUGUGUGGCAAAUGAUGAAGAAGCCAGUUGUCUCAGAUUUCGAAAUAGUAUAUGGAAAAACGAAGAAGAGAAAGUAGAAAUUUUCCAUCCUUUGCAACUAGUUUGGGAUCCACUGUCACCUGCUCUAAGACAGAAAAAAACCAUGAAAAAUGAUCUGCCUGUAAAUGAGGUUGCAAUUAAAAGAAUAGCUGCUCUUGAAGAUGAGCUGACGUUUCUUCGCUCUCAGAUUGCAGCAAUUGUGGGAAUGCAGGAACUGAAAAACAGUACAAAUUCUAGUUCCUUUGGCCCGAAUGACAAGCCCAUUAAUUUGGGCCAAUUGUCAUCAUCGUGGGCUGCUCAUCCGAGUGUGGAGCCAGAUCAGUUUCCAAGUUCAGUGUUUUCUUCUCCUCCUCCUCCACCACCACUUCCUCCUCAGGUUUCAUCUGUCCAACCAUCGUAUUUUCCUCCCAUACAACCAGGAUCUAAUAAUAUUUGUGACUCAGAUAAUCCAGCUACUGAAGUGAGCAAGCAGAACCUGGUUGCUAAUAAGACCAAUUUUAGUCAUCAUUCACAAAGCCAGAGAAAUAAGGAUAUUCCAAACAUGUUGGACGUUCUAAAGGAUAUGAAUAAGGUUAAGCUCCGUGCAGUUGAGCGGUCACCUGGUGGUAGACCCAUUCAUAAGAGGAAAAAACAGAAUUCACACUGGGAUCCAGUUUCUUUAAUAUCUCAUGCACUUAAGCAGAAAUUUGCAUUUCAAGAAGAUGAUUCUUUUGAGAAAGAAAAUAGAUCUUGGGAAUCUUCCCCAUUUUCUAGUCCAGAAACUUCAAGGUUUGGAUGUCACAUUUCAGAGUCAGCAGGACAGCGAACUAAAGAAGAAAUGGUCAACACAAAAGCUGUUGACCAAGGUAUCAGCAACACAAGCCUUCUAAACUCAAGGAUUUAAACUCAACUUAAGGUUAAGCCUUAAACUUCUAAAACUUCUUCCUGGAUGGUACAUUAUUCUUAGAAACUGAUGUGAACUGUUAAAUCUAAAAGUAGAAGUAUUUAAAGACUCUUCUUGACAAGUUUUGCCUACACUUGCUCUGUAAAUAUGUGUGCCUGUCAUUUGUGUUUCCUUUGUUCCUUUUGACAUUUACACUCUGUUCUUCUUUACAUAGAGCUUAAAAUAAACAUUCCUUUGGAACUUG